AUGAUUGUCGUGCACCGGAUCCCUUGUCCCCUGAGACGGUUCGGUUCACCCCGAGUCCCAGCUGCUGAAAAAUCGACAAGACUGCCUCACAGACGUGAUGUGCACUGUCAGUCACCCCCGAUCUACACCAAGCGAUUCUGGAAGACUACUACGUCUCGUUGUAUCGCAGAAUGGCAAGUGUCCAUGAACUCCAGCGGGCCUUCCACAAGUAAGCCUAGCAAGUCCCCCGACAAAAUUGCUCCGGCAUCUGACACCUGCACGGGAUUUAAUUAA